AAGCUCUGGGCUCUGGGGCAGCACAUGUCUCCAGAGGGAACUACGGCUCCCUUUCCUCCAGAUUUUGAUGCCCCUCCCUGAGACCUUUUUCUGCAUUCUCUCUCCUUCCCAAUGCCCUCCUCUUCCUCAGUCUAUCUCUUCUUCUCGUACAGACUUCCAAGAGCCAAUCACUUUUCGAAGCAUCAUGACAGCAUCCUUUUACAACCAUUCCUGGACACAAAAUCUGGGUUCUGCUUGGCUGGAUGGGCUGCAGACUCAUGGCUGGGACAGCAAGAAAGGCAUUUUCAUGUACAAGCGGCCUUGGUCCAAGGGCAACUUCAGCGAGAAGGAGCUGAGGGAAGAGGAAAGGACAUUACAGACAUUCUCCAUUAUUUUUCCUUUGAUAUUUCAGAACCAUGUUCAUCAAUGGCAACUUGAAUUGAGGCCAGAGGCCUGGCUGUCCACUGGCCCCAGUCCGGGGCCUGGCCGUCUGCUCCUCGUGUGCCACGUCUCUGGCUUCUACCCAAAGCCAGUGUGGGUGACGUGGAUGCGGGGUGAGCAGGAGCACCAGGGCACCCGACGAGGCGAGGUCUUGCCCCAUGCUGACGGGACAUGGUAUCUUCAGACGUCCUUGGAUGUGGAAGCCAGAGAGGCAGCUGACCUGUCUUGCCGAGUGAGACACAGCAGUCUAGAAGGCCAGGAUAUGGUCUUCUACUGGGGUGAGAAAGGGCGGGGUCCCCUCUGGGAAAGACAGUGGCAGGUCCUCAGAGCCGGAGAGCCUGAAGAGAAACUUGGGAUUCUAGGAUUCCAGACUAAAAAGUACAUAUAUUUAGUAACCCAGGAAGUGGUCUUGCGCUCUGGCUCUGGAAGCGCCGGAAAUCACACAAGACACCUCAGCGUACUGGCCUCCCUUUGGAGUGAGAUCCCGGCAGCCCAGGACCAGGACGUCCCUAAACCCAGCUCAGUGGUGAUGGACCGGCAAGUCUCUAUGUGA